AUGACUAAAGAUUCACAGCUGAGGGUAGGACAAGAGGAAAAGUCAACCGUAACAUCCGUUGCCCCUAACGAAAGGUUAAAACUGACACCAAAGUUGUGUGAUUGUAGACUUGGUCACCAGUGCCUGCCGCUACCGUACCCCGAUUCGUAUUGGUUAAGGAUAACCAGUGACACGAACACUCAUUACUCACUUGGUGCUUAUAAUCAGCAGCAAAAACUUAUCGGAGCUAUUGGUGUGAUUAGGCGCGUGGGAGAUUAUUUCGACGUAAAAAUUCUGAACGUUGAAGAGCAGAAACUUAUCAAUACCUAUAGAAAGGUAUGUUACAUAACAACAUUAAUGGUCGCACCUGAAUUUCGCAAGAUUGGCGUUGCCACACAACUUUUACAACGCGCCAGUACAGUACUACUUCAGGAGGGCAGCCAGUUGAUAUACUUGCAUGUUUUGCAUUCAAACCUGCCAGCAAUUCGGCUAUAUGAAAAAAUGGGCUAUGAGAAAGUUGUGGCGAUACCAAAUUACUACACAAUUAAUGGUGUCCAGGAAGCGGGUUUAGUCUAUUGCAAACGUCUUGCUGUACCGGUAUGCCAUGAAUGUCUCGUGAACGGUGGCGGAUAUUGUACGAUCUCGUGA